CUGACAUUGUCCCCGAGCACGCUCUUUGCCGAGACUUCUCAUGGUAGAUUGUGAAGUUACACAACUGAAUGCCAUUUGACAACAUACUGAUCGCACCAAUUCCCACCGAGACUGGAAGAGACGUUGAUUGAGCCACAAGCAAGCAGCGAGAAUUGCGCACCCAUUCCGCGGGGGGACAUCUUCAGCUGACUGUCGCUUGUUUACCGCCUUCCCCCACAUACUCACUCGCCUCGAGUAUCAGACCCCCAUACCUGCUCCACGGCACCAGAAUGAGCCAGCCGUUGAGAGUCAUCAUAGUUGGCGCCGGCCUGUCAGGAUUGGCACUGGCUCAAGGCCUUGAAAAGAAUGGAAUUGAUUACGUCGUCGUCGACAAGGAGAGCGAACCGCGUGACCGAAACUGGGGCGUUACAAUCGCAUGGAGCCACCCGCUACUCGCGCAGCUUCUCCCCGAGGAGCUCUACGACCGAUUACCAGAAUGUCAGCCAGAUCCAGGUCUAGAUACCAAAGCGGCCGGCUUUGAGAGUGUCAUUAUCCGAGACGGACAGACGGGCGCAACCAUCGUGCAGCCCCCGUUUGCCGGAGUAAGAAGACUGAACAUUCAGAAGACGCGGACAAUUUGGUCGAAGGGAGUAAAUGUCAAGUUCGGCAAAACCCUCACAGACAUCGAGCUGACCGAGGAUGGAGUCAUCGCUCACUUCCACGACGGAACCUCAGAAUUGGGCUCUGUGCUAGUCGGCUGCGACGGCGGCGGCUCAUGGGUCCGGCGCUGGAUGCUGGGCGACAAAGGAACUUCGGUUGUCUUGCCAUACACGUUCCUCAACUUCCCCUUCCGCUAUACGGCCGAACGGGCUGUCAAGAUGGACAAAAUGAUGCACCCCAUUGUGGAUGUCGCCGUGCACCCAAAGUCCAUGUACAUCGGCAUUUUUGUGCUCGACAAGCCCGACCUGGAGAGGCCUGAGACCUGGGUCUUCUAUAUCCUUGCGACAUGGUCGAAAGACAACAAGAGCGCCCCGGACGCAUCGGCAGACAUUAACAUGGUGGACGAGCUCAAGAAGAGAAUGGACGACUGGGCUGAUCCCUUCAAGUCAGCCGUGGAAUGGAUUCCCGACGACGUCCAGGCCAAAGCUGUCCCCUUGAGGAUCUGGGGGCCUCCUGACUCGGGUUGGGACAACCGCGGCGGAAGAGUCACCCUUGCGGGCGACGCUGCCCACAGCAUGACAUUCCACCGCGGCCAAGGUGCCAACAACGCCAUCUGCGACAGCCAAAAAUUCGUCUCGGCCAUGGUCAAAGUCAAGAAUGGGGGAAACACGCUCGCCGAGGCCGUCGACGAGUACGACGCAGACGUCAUCGCUCGGGGAAGGACAGAGGUCGACGUGUCGAGGGUGCAGACGGACGCGUUCCACGACCACGCCAAUUUUCACAACAGUCCGAUCAUGAGGCUGGGGAUCAAGCCGACCGGGCAAUCAAAGUGAUGCCACUCCUUGCCAAAGCCGCGCCGUGGGUUUCUAUUCAUUUCAUCUUCAGCUGAACUUUCUGUGGAUAGGAUCAGAUCACUGAGAGCGGCUCGGCCCUAUUAUAGAUGGGAGAUGGAGUAUCGACAUGAUCUUCAUCCCAACCCCUUACGAUAUUCGGCUAUAUCAAGAAUCUGGAUAACAUUCCUUCAAGUUAUUC